GUGGGCGAGAUGGGCUGUGAUGGCGGAACGAUCCCCAAACGGCACGAGUUGGUGAAAGGCCCCAAGAAGGUGGAGCAGGUUGAUAAAAAUGCUGAGCUAGUUGCCCGUUGGAAAUAUUGUGCGCUCAGUCAAGUAGCACUGACGAGACCUAUAGUGUCUUGUGAGCUGGGAAGAUUGUACAAUAAAGAUGCCGUCAUUGAAUACUUGUUGGAUAAGUCUCCAGAAAAAUGUAUUGUGCAGACUGCAACGCACAUCAAGAGCCUUAAGGAUGUGAAAGAGCUGAAUCUGACCCCCAAUCCAGCAUGGAAAGGUGAUGAAGUGAAGGGUGACAAGUAUGAAGAUCUGCAGCUUGCUUGCUUUAUCUGCCCUGUGGUUGGGUUGGAAAUGAAUGGGCGACACAAAUUUUGUUACCCGCGUACCUGUGGCUGUGUCUUUUCUGACCGUGCUUUGAAAGAGAUAAAGGCUGAAGUUUGCUACAAGUGCGGAGAACCCUUCGAAAAAGAUGAUGUGAUUUUCCUGAAUGGGAGUAAAGAAGAAAUGGAAAUUCUUAAGAGAAGAAUGGAGGAACGGAAAUUGAAAGCCAAGCUGGAGAGGAAAGCAAAGAAGUCAAAGACCAUAUCUAAACCUGCUGCUACUGAAGAAAUUCCAGGGCCAUCAAGCACGAAGUCUGAAGAAACAAUCACCAGUGAGCAGCGAGCAGUUUCUGGCAGUAACCAUUCCGUAAACGGCCGAUCGGUGUCCUCGGGCUCCGGGACUCCCAGCACAUUCGGUUCCAGCAAUGGCAAACGUUCGCGAGCCGACCACGGGCAGAAAUCAGAGGCCUACAAAUCCAUUUUCACCUCCCACAGCUCAGCGAAACGCUCAAAGGACCAGGAGCCAAACUGGAUCACCCACACUGCAUACUACUUCUGAAACAGCCAGAAUCAGAUACCAUCACCAUCUACUUUAGUUAGUAAACCCAGGAGAUUAAAUUUCUUUCCUCUAUGUGGACUUUUUCUCUAGGAUCUCUUCCUAAUUCUGCUGAGACUCCAGUGGCACUUGUGUGAUUUUAAUCCUGGUGGUAAUGAAAGUGAAAAUGUUUAAUUGGUGAUGGGAUCAGACUGAAGUGGUGAGACUUACCUCAGGUCCAGAGCUCACACUAAUUAUUGCUCAAACGCGCUUCCAAUUGUCUACUGGUGGCUUUACUCUCAUGAAAACUCUUCAUUUGGCUUAAUAAAUCUCUCAAAAGG